CAUAAAUUAGUUUUUCAAAUGGCGGGGAGAGGUUCAUACAAACAAUAAUAUUUAUUUAUAUACUGUAUUUAAAACACUCGGUGAAAGAGAUAUACUGCACUUUGUCACAAUGGAAGAGGUUGCCCAGGUUUCCCCUCUCAAGAAAGUUCCAUCCAAAUGUAAACGUGGACUAGCAGCAAGACUUGCAGCCAAAAAAGAAAAAGCGAGUGAAGAGAAUGAUUCGUCAGAGAUCAGCGAGGAGUCGGCUGUUUAUUCGACACAGGUGGCACGAAUGCUUUGCAAACGAGGACUUCCUGAUGCGAAUCAGCUUCAGUUGUUAAGUGAUGACAGCGAUGAAAAUGAUGAAAUUAUUCCUAGCAAGAAAUGUAAAGCCAAGAAAAAUUCAGAAAAAGGGAUGAGCCCAAAAAUCAGCAUUCUUCUGUCUGAUGAUGAAGACGAGAAUAUAUCAGAGAAUAUAUCAUGCACAUCAACAGAAAAAAAUUUCUCCCCUGCUGACGAUCAGAAGUCACCUUCCCCACCACCUCCCCCGGAUCCCCCCCUAGACGUCCCUGUCCACCCCAAACGACCGCGCAUGUCAAAGGCCAUAAAACAGCUGUCGGAUGCUAAAUCUUACCUCCAGAGGGAGCUGUCCAUGCUAAACACUUCCUGUACAGAUGUGGAUGAUGUGAUAUGUCUGGAUGACUCCCUGGAUGAAAAAUCCAUAUUUUUCUUUGUGCAAUGUAAUGCUGAGUUACAAAAACAUAGGCUGGGGAAGUGGGACCCCUUUAAGAAGUUGUUCGACACCAUUGCUGAACAACAGAAAAUAUCUUUUGGGGAUAUCAUGUUAUCACUGAAUGACGUGACUAUUCGGCCCUCAGACACACCACAUUCCGUCAACCUCAAGUCUGCAGACACAAUAGUGAUGUACAAAAACUCGGGAAAAGUCUUUGGUGAUGAGGAUAGCUCAGAUUUAUCAGGGAUUCAGCUGGUUGUUCAAAGUCGAAAUUCUAAGAAGAAACUUGAGUUUCAUAUAGAUCCGAUGGCUCCUCUUCAGUUGCUUAUCAACAAAUACAGCAUACAGACAAAGACCGACCCCUCCCACUACCGCCUGCAGUUCGAUGGGGAAGAUGUCUUACCACAGGAUACCCCUGCAGAUUUGGAGCUCGAAGAUGGCUUUUGUCUGGACAUUAUAGAAACCACCUAAUAACAUAGUCAGCUCUCUGGUCAAGAAUUACUCUGUGAAAGAAAUUAACUCUCUCUGGUCAGUUUUCUAUUGUGACCACCAUUCGUCAAAAUGUUUUAUUCCAUUACAUGAUGUGCCAAAAAAUACAUAUACAUUGAUACAAGACUUUUGUUACGUGAAAAAACUUGUUUCUAAUUGUUCCGUCACUUCAAACUUACCACACCACUGGGAAUUUCAGCUUUACAAGUUUAUAUGUAGAUACCUAAUAUUUUGCUAUUUUAUAGUGUACAUGUAUACUUAUGUUUGUAGUUCCCUUAUAAUGUGCAUUAUGUUUCUCUUAGAAGAGAUACAUUUCAAUGUUAAAGCCAUUGGGCAUUACAAUAAGUGUAUUGAGUAAAACAGUUUGUAUAUUUCAGUUGCUUCAAACAUGCAUCAAGUUUCAACCUUCUGCAAAGGAAACCUUCCUGUCUCUGUGAAAACACUACAGUAUACGAUAUACAGUUAGUGUACUUGUGUAAAUGCCACUUACAUGUUCUUGAACCGUACAAAAUUUCCAUUUCCAUGGUACUUUGUAUCUUAAAGUUUUAAUAAUAUAAAUUUGUUAACAAUA